AAAAAAAGAAGGCGGCCUUACUCGCAGUCUUCUGAACACUGAAUUUAGACGCUCAAUUUCAGACGGAAUUGAAUUGUGGCCAGUUGCGUCUCAGGAGACUGGAAACAUUUUUUUAGAUGGCCAAUUUGUUCACAUGAAAAAGUUCAACUGAAAUGCAGCUAAUGAAAAUGUCAUCACUUUGAAACAACAAGGGCAAUUUGACAACAUCACAUUUUCAGUGGCAUUUUUAAUUCGCAACGUAUUUACUUCCGUACGCCGAAAUCUGAAAGCCGUCUACAGAGGUGCCGACGGGACUGUUGCGCCCUCUUCGGCGUCAAACCUUUAAAGGAAAGUGCUGGCGAGGGGAGGGUUCAAAGGUCAUGGUGAUGUUUGGACACGGCGGGUCACUGAACGGCGGCGCGCGCACAACACACGCGUCAGGAUGGGCCCCUCCGAUAGGCUGUUUCUUCUCAGCGUCCUCUCGCUGGCGUCGGUUUCCGUCCCCGGGGACCCGUGUGCCUUCAAAGCCAAAGACGUGGCCCCGGAGCCUCGCUGCGUCUACAGAGCGCCCGAGGGCGACGCCCCCGACGACGCCACGGACGAACCGGCCCCGCAGGCCACCAACCCGCGCGUGUGGGAGCUGUCCGCCGCCAACGCGCGCUUCGCGCUGUCGCUGUACCGCCAGGUGGCGUUCGGCCGGACCCCCGACACCAACUUGUUCCUGUCCCCCCUAGGCGUGUCCGUGGCCUUCUCCAUGACCAAACUGGCCGCCUGCGGACACACCCUGGAGGAAAUCACGAAGGUGUUGCAGUUGGACUCCGUGUCGGACAAGACCUCAGAUCGGGUCCACUUCUACUUCGCCAAGCUCUUGUGUCGCUUGCGCAGGCGAAAAGACGCUAGCGCGCGGCUGCUGGUGGCCAACCGCCUCUUCGGGGAUCGGACUCUUCGCUUGGACGCCGCCUACCAGAACGUCAGCCGCCGCGUCUACGGGGCCGACGUGAUGGCGCUGGACUUUCGGGGUGAUCCGGAAGCAUCCCGCGCCGCCAUCAACGCUUGGGUGGCCAACGAGACCAAAAACCACAUCCGGGACGCGCUGCCAGCCGGCGCCAUCGGCGAGGACGCAGUCCUGGUGCUGGUCAACAGCAUCUACUUCAAGGGUCGCUGGCAGAACGAGUUCCACCGGGACGACGUGUACGUCGCCCGCUUCCACGUGGACGCGGGGCGUCGGUGUUCCGUACGGAUGAUGUACCAGGAGAACAAGUUCCGCUACGCCCGCCUGCCGGAGCGGCGCCUCCGGCUGCUGGAGAUGGACUACCGCGGGCGCGACGUCGCCCUCACCCUGCUGCUGCCCGACGAGGGCAACGCGCUGGCGCAGGUGGAGGCGGAGCUGGAGCUUCCCACGCUGAACGCGUGGUUGGACAAGAUGGCGGAGACGACCGUGUCGGUGCACCUUCCGCGAUUCCGCCUGGAGGAGAGUGUCGGCCUCAAGGAGGCGCUCAACGCGCUGGGACUGCGCAGCGUCUUCAGCCCUCAAAACGCCAGCCUGCCAGGUCUCCUGGCGGACGGCGGCGAAGGCGUUUACAUCAGCGACGCCUUCCACAAAGCCUUCCUGGAGGUGCGUCACUCAUCCGCUCUCCGAUCGGUGGCCUCCGAAGGGGCGUGUCCUCUGACCCGUGUGCGCUCGCAGGUGAACGAGCUGGGCAGCGAGGCGUCGGCGUCGUCCGCCGCGGUGGCGUCGGGGAGAUCCAUCGAUUUGGACGCCGAAGUCUUUGCGGCCGAUCGGCCGUUCCUGCUCCUGAUCCGGGAGACGGCGCUCGACGCCGUCCUCUUCGUGGGCCGCGUGGCGCGCCCCUGCCAAUCCUGAAGCGCGGCUCCGCCACGUCUGCGACUUGGAAACGAGAAGACAAACGCUUCACUGGUGUCGAAAUUCACUUUUCAUCUGAUUCAUCUUCACGUACUAGCGAGCUACUACUUGAAAGAAUGUCCUGUUAUUCGAUAAAGAGAUAGAAAUGAAAAAUGUGGUUUUUCAUUCGUUUUGUCGCCCGAUCAUUGGUUGCAGCCCGCCCAACUGUGACGUCGACCCGGGUGCUGACGGCACGUGUUGCAAUGUAGGAAAUCCAGGAAGGGAAAAAAUAAGGAUUCGUAAAACUAAUCCAGCGCGAAGACUAAGGCAAGAUAAAGUCAGGCCGUCCGGAUGUGUCGAGGACCUCUCCGAUAUUUGUCUGGAUCCAAUCCCGAAAAACGAUUCAUUUCAAACUAAAAGAACUUGGCUUUUUUUUUUUUUUUCUUCUUUUGAUCCUUUGACGCUGACAACAACAAAGAUGUGAAUCACGGGCAGCGCAUUUGAGCUCUGUCCUCUCCUUUUUAUUCCUACAAAAGGAAAAGUUGCAUUUUUGAAAUGUGUUCAAAGCAUUAAUAUUUUCCAAACCGCUUAUCCUCACGGGGUUCGGGGGAUUGCCGGCGCCUAUCUAUGCAAACGAC